CGCAGUGGGAUGUAUGUCAGAAUCAGCCAGUACUCCGGUUAGUGGCGGAGCUCCUACCCCUCCUGCAUCAGGCUUCAGCAGGGGGAGUAGUGGUUCGGCCAUUGAUCAGAGGAAGAGGGCACCCACUGCUUCCGGCGGCUCGAGUCAGAACAAGAGGUUCCGGGGGAACCAGAGCAGAGGGAGUCGUCCUGGUGGUAAUGAGACCCGAUUCUCCUACCCCGAGUGCCCUAGCUGCAAGAGGCAUCAUCGGGGAGAGUGCAAGGGGCAGGGAUGCUUUCAUUGUGGCAUGCCCGGGCACUUCAAGAGGGAAUGUCCCCAGCUCCGGCCAGAGGCACCGAGAGCUCCAGCGAUACCCACUCCAGCCAGGGUGUUCGCUAUCACGCAGGCUGAUGCAGAUGCCAGCCCAUCAGUUGUUACAGGUAAAGGCAAGGCUGUAGCUGAUGGACCGUGACCGAGCAUAUGAGAUUGUACAUGUCGGGGCGGUUAGGCCUGGGGCGUACGAUCCUCGGGACAGCAGGGCUGAGAUUUUUGUAACUGUCGUUAGACGACUUUCAUUUUGAUGUAAAAGUUGAACAGAUAAAAAGUUUGUAAAUAUUUUUAUAAAUCGGGAUCCCGAGACUUUUUGCAAAAUGGUUUAUAAGUUUAAUGAAAAAGCAAAAUUUUAAUUAAUCACGUUUUUCCAUAAACCUCGUUGAUUAGCAACGAGCUGCACAGUACGUUUAAAAAUCACGUAAUACGCCUAAGAUAGUUAGGGUGUUACAUG